GACAAUAAAAUACCAUAAAAAUGAACCAAUCAGCAUGCGUCGUUGCGUCUCCUUUAAGAGGACGAGCUUAGGGGAAAAGGGGCGGGGCUAUUUAUCCGCUGGAGGAAGGAGAGGGAACCUUCUUUUUUUAUUUAUUAAAUCGUCUUGAAAAAAUGUUUUCCCAUCUACCGGCAUAAUCCAUUUUGCUAACCGCGGGGAUUUUUUCCUCCCCCUCUUUUUUUUUUUUUUUUUUUGUGCGUGACCCGGACGUGCGGGAGUGACGUCACAACGUCUCGGGCUCAAGGUUAUUUUGUUGCAGCGUGGAUAAGAUGCGGCACCGCUCGGUAGUCGUGCGCCGCCCCCGCCGCGGCGUCGAGACUGCGUCCGGAAAGAGGACGUGGUCGUCGGAUUGAGAGGAAGGAGAGAGAGGCGGGGAGAGGGGCUCCGGGUUCGGAGGAGGACUCUGCGGUUCUCCGCCACCAUGGCCAGAGCUCUGCGGAGGCUCAUUCAUCUGGUUCUGUUCUGCCCUCUGUCCAAAGGCCUGCAGAGUCGCCUGCCGUCUGUCAAGGUGAAGUACCUCCUCCUGGCGUGGUUGGGCGUCCUGGUGGCCAGUUGGGUGCUCUACAUGCAGUACGCUUCCUACUCGGAGCUGUGCCGCGGACACGUUUGUCAGGCCAUCAUCUGCGACCACUACAAGAGAGGCGUCAUCUCUGGGUCGUCCUGCAAGGCUUUGUGUGAGGAGAAAACGCUGACGCUGCGCCACUGCAUGUCCGCCUCCUCGCGACAUCAGGUGUACGCCGGCCACUGGAAGGAGAGGCCGGUGGUGAUCAAGUGCGACAUCGAGGAUGCGGCCAAGGCCGACGGUGAUCUGGAUUUGGCGAACCGGCGGAAGAGGAGCCUGUUCGACAAGCCCACGCGCGGAACCUCCGUGGACGAGUUCAAGGAGAUGUUGCACCACUUCAUUAAGGCUAACUUUGGGGAGCAGCCGUCCUUGAAGGUACUGGUGGACAGAAUCAUUUCGAUGGCGGACGUCAACCAAGACGGCAAGCUGUCCCUAGCAGAGGCCAAGUCCAUCUGGGCCCUCUUGCAAGUCAACGAGUUCCUCCUGAUGGUGGCGCUGCAGGAAAAGGAGCACACGCCGAAGAUACUGGGCUUCUGCGGGGAUCUGUACGUGACGGAGCCGCUAGGCCACACCUCGCUCUACAGGCUGGAGGUGCCGCUCUACCUGCAGUCUCUCGUGCCCGAGGCCCUGGUGUCCGGGUUGAACCACUGGCUGGCCCCGGCCUGGCCCCGCCGAGCUCGCAUCACCAUCGGCCUGCUGGAGUUUGUGGAGGAGGUCUUCCACGGGCCCUACGGCAGUUUCCUGAUAUGCGACGCCAGCCCGCGCCACGUGGGCUACAAUUCCAAGUAUGACUGCAAGAUGGCCGACCUGCGCGCCGUGGCCUCGGAGGAGGCCGUGCGGGCGUACCUGAAGGGGCGACGCUGCGAGACCAACGUCGACUGCACGUACGGCCGCGACUGCACGGGCACCUGCGACCGCCUGGCCAAGCGUUGCAACGCCGACGUGGUGCAGCCCAACCUGGCCAAGGUGUGCGCCCUGCUCCAGGACUUCCUUCUCUUCGGGGCGCCGCCCGAGCUCCGCGGCGACCUGGAGCGCCAGCUGCGCACCUGCGUUACCCUCAGCGGGCUGGCCAGCCAGAUGGAGGUGCACCACUCCCUGGUCCUCAACAACCUCAAGACAUUGUUGUGGAAGAAGAUCUCCAACACGCAGUACUCUUGAAGGACUCGGGGAACUCGAGACCGCCUCAUUUACUCAAGGUUUGCGCUUGUAAAACAAAAAAAAAAAGGGCCAGCGGAUCUAAGCGGGGACACCUAAGGUUGCGUUCUCCGAAUGGUGUCAGUGAUACGAGAGGCUUGCGUUUUUGAAA